AUGGAACAAUCGAAUAAAGAACAUAGGAAGCGGAAGGAGAAGGCUGGUGCCAAGAAGAAGUUACAUUCUCAGGGCCACAAUGCUAAGGCCUUUGCUGUCUCCGCUCCGGGGAAAAUGGCUAAGCAGAUGCAACGUACGGGUGAUAAGAAUGAGAAGAAGUUGCAUGUUCCGAUGGUGGAUCGUACCCCAGAUGAUGAUCCUCCUCCGAUCAUUAUUGCUGUUGUUGGUCCUCCAGGUACCGGUAAGACUACUUUGAUCAAAUCGUUAGUGAGAAGGUUGACAAAGACCACUUUAUCCGAAAUUAACGGUCCUAUUACUGUUGUUUCUGGUAAGCGUAGAAGGCUGACUUUUAUCGAAUGUCCUGCGGAUGAUUUGAAUUCCAUGAUCGAUAUUUCAAAAGUGGCCGAUUUGGUGCUUUUGAUGAUGGAUGGUAAUUUCGGGUUUGAAAUGGAGACCAUGGAAUUCUUGAAUUUGGCUCAACAUCAUGGUAUGCCUCGUGUACUAGGUGUCGCUACACAUUUGGAUCUUUUCAAAUCCCAGUCAACAUUGCGUGCCUCUAAGAAAUCUUUGAAACAUAGGUUCUGGACCGAAGUGUAUCAGGGUGCCAAGCUUUUCUACCUUUCUGGUGUUAUUAACGGUCGUUAUCCAGAUAGAGAGAUUUUGAACUUGUCAAGGUUUAUAAGUGUUAUGAAGUUCAGACCUUUGCAAUGGAGAAACGAACAUCCUUAUUUAUUGGCCGAUAGAAUAUCCGAUUUAACUCAUCCAGAACUCUUACAAUCGAAGGGUAUGCAUAUAGAUCGUAAAGUCGCCAUCUAUGGUUAUUUACACGGUACUCCGUUACCUUCGACUCCAGGCUACAGGGUCCAUAUCGCCGGUGUAGGUGACUACCAGAUCGAUCACGUUGAGAAAUUGCCUGAUCCUUGUCCGACACCUUAUUACCAACAGAAAUUAGAUGAAUUUGAACGUGAACGUGCUAAGGAAGAAGGUUCCACAUCAGCAACGACUGUAAGAAGACGUAAAAGAUUGGAUGAUAAACAAAAGCUGAUCUAUGCUCCAAUGUCUGACGUUGGUGGUUUACUUAUGGAUAAGGAUGCCGUGUUCAUUGAUGUUGGCGGUAAGACAGGUCCAAACUCAAUGACUGCAGAGGAAAAAGAUGAAAGUGACAAGAUCGUGUCCAACCUACAGGCUACAUCUCGUUCCAUUGAUGAAAAAUUCGAGAAUGUUGGAUUGCAGCUUUUCUCAAAUAGUACUGAGUUACAUGCUAUUGAAGAUCAGGAUGAAGAAGUUGAAGAAGACACCGAAGACGAGGAUGAUGUUGAUAGAGGAAACGUUGGUAGAUCUUCCUUAAGAAAGGCAAGAGUAUACGGCAAAUCCCUUCAGGAAUCUAACGCAGAUCUCGAUAAUUUAUCAAGUGACAACGAAAACUAUAAUGAAGAUGAUGACGAAGAUGAAGCACAUCGCACUAAAUUAGUUGAAAUUGAUUUUGAUGACGAAAAACCUGAAAACAUGGCCUUUGAGACAGAUUCAGAAUUGGAUGCAUCUGAUUCUGAAGGUUGGGAAAGAACCACAGCUGGUAAAUUGAAUGGUACAAAGAAUAAAAGAAGAAAGUGGGAUAUCAGCAAACUUAUCUACAUGGACAACAUUGCUCCAGCUGAUGCAAUCAAAAGAUGGAACGGCGAGGCCGACGAAACUGAAGUUGAAGAAGAUCUAGAAGACGAUGAAGAUACUGAAUUCUUCACCCAAAAGACAAAUACUACACCGAAUAAGGCAGUAACUUACCACGAUGAUCUUGAAAGAUUUAUUCCUUAUUUUGAUACAUUCAAUGACCUUGUUGAAAGAUGGUCAACUGCCGAUUCAAUCAAAGACAGAUUUGUUGGAAAGCCAUCCUUAAACACCAAGUCUUCUGAUGAUGUAAAGGAUGAAGACGAUGAUGAAGAUGAAGUAUACGGUGAUUUUGAGGACUUAGAAGCUGAGCCUGAAAACACAGAUGAGAAGGAGGAGAAUUCUGCUGCAGGAGAUGAAGAAUCUGAUAGCAACGAAUCGUUCGCUGAUUUCGAAGAAGAAGAAAAGAAGGAUUUGACCCAGGAUGAAGAGCGUGAAUUGAAUGCCGCAAAAAAAGAGAAAUUAAGGUUACAAUUCGAAAUGGAAGAAGGAGACAACUUUGGAGAAGACCCUGAAAAUGAAUACGAUACCUGGUACGAAUUACAGAAGGCUAAGAUUGCUAAACAAUUAGAAAUCAAUAAAGCCGAACUGGAAUCUAUGACUCCUGAACAAAGGCAACAAAUCGAAGGUAUGAAAGCUGGGUCUUAUGUUCGUAUUGUCUUCGAUAAGGUUCCUAUGGAAUUCAUCGAAAAUUUCAACCCAAAGUAUCCAGUAAUUAUGGGAGGUCUUCUUCCCACAGAAUUGAAGUUCGGAAUUAUUAAUGCAAGAGUCAGAAGACAUCGUUGGCACAAAAAGAUUCUCAAGACAAAUGAUCCUUUAGUUUUAUCUCUUGGUUGGAGACGUUUCCAAACUCUACCAAUAUACACCACUAGUGACUCUAGAACCAGGACUAGAAUGUUGAAGUAUACUCCAGAACAUGCUUAUUGUACAGCUUCUUUCUAUGGUCCCUUGUGCUCGCCAAAUACCACUUUCUGUGGUGUUCAAAUAGUUGCUAACAGUGAUACAACUGGAAGUUUCAGAAUAGCUGCGACUGGUAUUGUAGAGGAGAUCGAUGCAAGCGUAGAAAUUGUGAAGAAAUUAAAGCUUGUUGGUUAUCCUUACAAAAUCUUCAAGAACACUGCCUUCAUAAAGGAUAUGUUCUCUAGCGCUAUGGAAGUUGCACGGUUCGAAGGUGCCCAAAUCAAGACUGUUUCCGGUAUUCGUGGUGAAAUCAAGCGUGCUCUAUCAAAACCAGAAGGCCAUUUCAGGGCAACUUUUGAGGAUAAGAUACUAUUGAGUGACAUUAUAAUUCUUAGGUCAUGGUAUCCAAUCCAAGUUAAGAAAUUCUACAACCCAGUUACUUCAUUGUUGCUAAAAGAUAAAACUGAAUGGAAGGGUUUGAGACUAACUGGUCAAAUUAGAGCAUCUCUUGGAAUCGAUUUACCGACCAACAAUGACAGUACAUAUAAGAAGGUUGAAAGAGUUGAAAGGAACUUCAACGGUUUAAAGGUACCAAAAUCUGUUGCCAAAGACUUACCUUUCAAAUCCCAGAUCUAUCAAAUGAAACCGCAAAAGAAGAAAACAUACAUGGCUAAGAGAGCUGUCGUUCUAGGCGGCGAAGAGAAAAAGGCACGUUCCUUCAUGCAAAAGGUUCUCACCAUUUCGAAUGCGAAGGAUGAAAAGAAGAGAUCCAAGAAAGCUGAAGAAAGGAAGGAAAGACUCAAGAAGCUUGCUAAGUUGGAGGAAUCGAAGAAAGAAAAGGAGAAGCAACGUAAGAAGGACUUCUUCUCCAAAAACGGUAAAAAAAGACAAUUCAACGACAAUGACACAAGUGAUGUUAUGUCUUCCAAGAAAAGGAAAUAA